GCCGCGGAAAAUCGCGACUCCCUGAUCAACAUACUAUAUCGGCCACCGGUGUCGUCAGCUUGUUUCUUGCAUUGCAUUGCACUCACCCGACGACAUGGCGGACGGCGACCAGAACCAGCAGCCGCCGCGCUACUGGUUCCCGUACUGGAGCGGGGCGCCGCCCGCGGUGCGCCCGCAGGUGUCGCGCCGGCUGUCCCCGACUACAGCGCCGUCCUCGCCACGCCGCCCGUCUCCUUCCCACCCCCGCCAACCGACUGCACCGGCGACCAGGGGCGCCGCUCCUCCGACUCCUCCUCAUGCGUCCUCCCGGCCGUCCCCGUCCCGGGCCUCGCCGCUCGCGCCCAUCCGUGAGCUGCCUCCCCAGUCCAACACCAACUCGAACGCCGCCGCGCCGGCCAGGCCGCCUCCUAAGCCGGUCGCCCUGCCCGCCACGCCCAAAACCAAGGACGUCGACGUCGUCCCGCAGCCGGAGAAAACCGCCGUGCACCCGACUGCUGCGGCUGAGACCAAGCACGGCAAGGGCGACGAACACCACCACAAGGAGGCCGACAAGGAGAAGAAGGAUGAGCACAAGAGCAAAGACAAGAAGAACCACGCCGGCGAAGACAGCAAACACGGGAAGGGCAAAGAGAAGAAGAACAAUGCCGACGCCGGCGAGGAGAGCAAGCACAAGGAGAAAGACAAGGAGAAGAAGCACCAUGCCGACGCCGGUGAGGAGGGCAAGCACGGAAAGGAGGCCAAGGCAGAGCACGGGAAGCUGCACGGAGAGAUCAAGGCGGGCGUGGCCGACAUGGUGCGCAGGGCCACUGGCGCCGGACACGGGCAGGGGCACCCGGUGGCGAGCGUGAUCACGCUGGCGGGGGAGAACAAGGGCGCGUCCAUGAAGGUGGGCGGCAAGAGCAAGGACGGCUCGUGGAAGGAGCACCACGGCGGCCACCGGCUGGACGGCGGCACGGUGGACGGGAAGACGGACGGCCAGAAGAAGCAGGGGAUGAUGACGGCGCUGAUCAACAGCAACGUGCAGGUGAUCAACAACUCGCUGCUGCUGCAGAGCUCUUGCAGCGGCGGCGAUCCCGGCGUGCACCUCAAGCUCUCCGCCAAGUCCGCCAAGAAAGACAAGCAGAAGCACGCCGCCGGCCCCGACAAGAGCGACAAAGCUGCUGGAAAGAAAUUAGCACCGGCUCAGGGGCAUGCCGGCCACUUGCAUCGGCGCUAGAUGUAACUAUGUAGUACCAUCUGAGCCGCCAAGAUGUAACUACAUGAAAAUAAGAGCAGCCAUCCACGAUGUACUAGUCUACCAACAUAUACUCUAUGCCAUUGGUGAA